AUGGUCCAGCAGCAGGCCUGCAUCCCAGCCCACCUGGAGUGCCAGGUGCAGACUCUAGAGCGAGCCUGCUCUGCACCCCGCCUGUACCCUUACUGUCACUGGGAGAGUCACUUAACAGCCCGAGGGGUGACGCCUUCCACAAUCAGUCAACAUGAUUGCUUCUUCAGAAACACAUGCUCCUUGCAGACCCUCAGUCACCCACUGUUCCCACUCCGGAGGAACAGAGGCUUUUUGGGUCGGGGGCAGAGGAUGAAGAACGGGCGGGGAAGAGCUGGAGAGGUGUUGGAGAAUGACCGGCGGGUCCACAUUUUGAAGUCAGAUCUAUGUGCCAUCAUCAGUCAAGGCACUUUGGAUGGUUCUGAGAAAGCCCUGGCAAGGGAUCCGAGGGGUGCAGAUGACCUGGAGACGGACCUGGAGAAGCAAUGCUUAAGCAGUUUAAUUGCUUUGCUGGGAACAUCAAAAGACCUCGAUGUAUUCCUGAAUUGUCUGUCUCCCAAUCUCCAAGCACAUGUCUUCCAGCCAAGCAGAAGCAAAGAGGAGUUUAUCAAACUGGCUGCCAGCUUCCAGCUGAGAUGGAAUUUCCUUCUCACCGCAGUGAGCAGAGCCCUGACCCUGUGCCACAGAGACAGUUUUGGCUCCUGGCAUCUGUUUCAUUUGCUGCUUUUGGAAUACGUGAUUCAUACACUUCAGUCAUGCAUAGAGGAGGAGGAGGAAGAUGACACGGGAAGUCACAAGGAGAUGCUACUGGAUGACCAGUCUCUUGUCCAGCCAGACCAGGCACUUCCCCAACCUCCAGAUGCUUCACCAGCUCAGGGACAUGAAAGCCCGGGUGUGGAUCUGCACCAGGGGACACUGAAACCCACGGGCCAGAGCUGAAGCCCUGUGGGUGUGGACAGUGUGGUCCUCAGCGUCCUGGGCUUCCUCGUGGACACUGCCACGGGCAAUAAGCUCAUCCAGGUAUUGUUGGAAGACGAGGCCACAGGAAGCACCGCCAAGCUCAUCCUUCCUGUCAGACAAGAAGCCCUCAUCACCCUAAGUGAUGGACAGAAAUUUGUGAUUCACAUAUCAGAUGUACCCCAAAGCUCUGAAAAUAUUUAUUUCAGGGAAAGCAAUGCUAAUAUGUAAGAUUAUUUAUUUGACUAGGACAUAGGAAAACAGAUUCUCCUGCUUAAAGAUAUAUUAAAUACUAGAUAUAUUAAAUGCUAGAUAUAUUAAAUGCUACAUCUAAAUACUAGAUGUAGCAUUGUCUAUAUUAUAUUUCUAUGUAUUUCAAGGAGGUGAUUUUAAUGAAUCAUAU